AUGACACAGGACGGGUACUUGAUCGACGUGCGGACCAUAGACGCGCUGGCCAAGCAGGAGCACGUCAUCACAAAAUGCUUGGGGGUGACUUGCCCACGAGAGCUCUUUGCGAUGUUGGGCCGGGACCUGGACUUGGAGGCUUGCUUGCAACAGGUGAAGGACUUCGAGAGCGGGGUCGGGCAGGGGUACGGCACUGUAGACAUGCCGCCUGAGCUCAGCGGCAAGUUACUGAAGUUGUUCGAGCACCCGCCCUCGAGGCGUGCAAGGUUCUCUGCAGUUACUGGGAAAACAUGGCGGUCACACUGUGGUUGA